UGAUCUUCUCUCUAGUGUGAGUGUGUUUGUCUGCAGAUCCACUUGUGUUCUGAUGGAACAUUUCACUCACACUGGAUUUAUAAACGCUGGAGGAGUAAAACCGCAGACGUUUACCAUGUUUACCUGAGGACAUCUGCUGCUGGACGAGGUUUCUGAGAUGCGAGUGAAUCGCGAUGGACGGAGAGAAGAACGUCACCGUCAGCACAAACGUCUCCGGCGCGCACAGCCUGUGGGAGGCGGUUUCCAUAGCAACCGUCUCCGCCGUGGUCAGCCUCAUCACCAUCGUCGGGAACGUUCUGGUGAUGCUGUCCUUCAAAGUGAACAGCCAGCUGAAGACGGUCAACAACUACUACCUGCUGAGCCUGGCCUGCGCUGACCUCAUCAUUGGCGUCUUCUCUAUGAACCUCUACACGUCUUACAUCCUGAUGGGCCGCUGGGCUCUGGGAAGUGUGGCCUGCGAUCUGUGGCUGGCUUUGGAUUAUGUGGCCAGUAACGCAUCUGUGAUGAACCUGCUGGUCAUUAGUUUCGACCGCUACUUCUCCAUCACCAGGCCACUGACGUAUCGUGCCAAACGAACGCCGAAGCGAGCGGGAAUCAUGAUUGGAUUGGCUUGGCUCGUGUCUUUCGUCCUCUGGGCUCCGCCGAUCAUCUGCUGGCAGUAUUUCGUCGGAAAGCGAACGGUUCCUGAAGGACAGUGUCAGAUUCAGUUCUUCUCUGAACCCGUGAUCACUUUUGGCACGGCGAUAGCCGCCUUUUAUAUUCCCGUAUCCGUCAUGACCAUCCUCUACUGUCGGAUCUAUAAAGAAACCGAGCGACGCACCAAAGAUCUGGCCGAGCUUCAAGGAGGCAACUCUUUGAACGAUUCAGACGCACCAAAUCAAAAGACUGGUUCGUGUUUCACUUCAAAAGACGAGCAGCUGACCAACUUUAGCUAUGCUUCAUCCGAAGAUGAAGAGCGCUCGGCUUCUCCCUGUGUCUUCAAAGAGACGAGAAACAAAAAGUGCAUUUCUUAUAAAUUCAAAGAUGUUCGUUCUACGAAGAGCGCUAAUGGAGAGGAAAAGCCCUCUUCGUUCUCGUCGGCCGAGUCUGUGAACGUACCCUCUUCCUCCAAACCCGUCGACGGCACGCUGAAGAGCCAGAUCACUAAGAGGAAGAGGAUGGUUCUGAUCAAGGAGAAGAAGGCGGCGCAGACUCUCAGCGCCAUCCUGCUGGCCUUCAUCCUCACCUGGACGCCGUACAACAUCAUGGUGCUGGUCUCCACCUUCUGCUCCGACUGCGUCCCACUGUCGCUCUGGCAUCUGGGAUACUGGCUGUGUUACGUCAACAGCACCGUCAACCCCAUGUGCUACGCCCUCUGCAACAAGACCUUCCAGAAGACCUUCCGCAUGCUGCUGCUGUGCCGCUGGAGGAAGAAGAGGCCCGAGGAGAAGCUGUUCUGGUGCGGACCGAAGCCUGCGGCCGGAAACAGACUCUCCUGA